CGUACACUCGCUCAUCCACGCCCUCACCCGCCCAAAACAUGCCCUUCGGGAACCACCACCACCACCAGAACUCGGCCUUCACCCCCUCGGCCGCCCUGUCGAGUGCCGCGCAGGCUUUGGGCUCCAUCGGCGCGCCUCACGGCAACCUGCGCGUUGCAACCUCAGGCACCACCAGCGCUGGCACCGACGCAUUCCUCUCGUCGCCCACGCAAUCCACACAGGCUCCCCAGCCUCAACCUCAAUCCCAAUCCCAAUCCCAAUCCCAUUCGCAGGCUGCCCACGCACACACUGCCCCGCCCCAGCAGUCCUCCGGCCUCCCUCCACCUCCUCAACACCAACACCAACAUCAACAUCAUCAUCAACAACAACCACCACCACCGCAGCAACAUCAGCCGCAGCCGCCGUCCAACGCCUAUGACGCACGACGCCCGUCCUCUCUAUCCGCCUCCAUGAACCAGCAGCCCGAUCACUACUCGGCACCUGCCUCCUCCGCCAACAUGAACCUCCACCAAAACCCUCCCCAGCCUUCGCAGUACAGCCCUGCGCCCCCGCUCCCGGGCAGCCUUCAGCCCGGUGGAACCCAACAGCAGCAGCAGCAACAGCAGCCAUCGCGUCCUGCUCCUGCGACCUCCUAUACUGCCCCUUCCGCUGUUCCCCAGGUCAACACCAAUGCCCAGCAAUAUACCCUCCCCACGCGCUCCAACACGAACCAAUCCCAGGCCCCUCCAUCGCAGCAACAACAGCAGCAGCAACAGCAGCAGCAACAACCUACCUCGCAUUCCUACUCGCGCUCCAGUCCCGCCGGCUUGGGUCCCGACCAGAAAUAUAUUCCUUUUUCCAACACGCCUGAAAACCCAAAAUAUACCGCCCCAACCCCGUCUCAGAAAUACUACCCCUCGACCCCCUCGGGCGCGGCUUCCAACUCUCCUUUGGGGCUCGCCGAUAUCAGACCGCGUGCCCUAUCCAACAUGAACGAGGAUGGUAUGGGAACCAGUCCAUUCUUUAACGAUGCGGACCGCGUUCCUUCAAACAGCAACUACGUCACUCCCUGGCCUGCCUACGCUUUUGACUGGUGCAAAUGGAACAUACAUGGGGGGAACAGCGCGGGCAAAAUGGCCGUAGGCAGCUUUCUUGAAGAUACGCAUAAUUUUAUUCAAAUCCUAGAUACCCACGUCACGCCCCAGGAAACCUCCACCCCUGGCGCUCCGCAGUACGGCCUCGAAUACACCCGCGUCGCUGAAGCUACCUGCUCCUACCCAGUCACACGCAUAUUAUGGGAACCGCCAUCCUCCCAAAAGCAGAGCACCGAUUUGCUUGCGACCUCGGGCGAUCACCUCCGCCUGUGGUCAUUGCCGCAAUCAACAGGAUCCACAGCGAGCAACACGAUAUCAAGAACCUCCUCUGUGAACACUCGAGAACCGCCUCCGCAGAAGCUCACGCCACUUGCCCUGCUCUCCAACUCCAAAACCCCCGAACACACCGCGCCGCUUACGUCUCUCGACUGGAACACCAUGUCUCCGAAGCUCAUCAUCACCUCCAGCAUAGAUACCACCUGCACGAUAUGGGACAUUCCCACUCUCACAGCCAAGACCCAGCUUAUAGCGCACGACAAGGAAGUCUUUGACGUGCGUUUCUGCGCCGGUAGUGUCGAUGUUUUUGUAAGCUGUGGAGCCGACGGCAGCGUGCGCAUGUUUGAUCUCCGGAGCCUGGAACACAGCACAAUCAUCUACGAGCCGUCGGAGAAGAACCCAGGCGGCGACAAAGGCUCGCCCGGAGGCGGACGCAUGUCGCCAACCAAAGCCCAGCAAACCAUGUCGUACGCGCCCCCGCUCCUCCGCCUCUCCGCCUCCCCCCACGACUCACACCUCCUCGCCACCUUCGCCGCCGACUCCAACCUCAUCCGCAUCCUCGACGUGCGGCAGCCGGGCCAAGCGCUCCUCGAACUGCGCGGGCACUCGGCGCCCCUCAACUCGAUCGAAUGGAACCCCUCGCGGCGAGGCAUGCUCGCGUCCGGCGGCGACGACUCGCUCGUCCUCAUCUGGGACCUCCUGCACUCGCAAAACGGCGCCGUCAUCAGCGGCGACUUGGCCGCCGCGCAUCCUCCUUCCACCCCGGCUAGCGCUCAUCCUGCAAAUGGAGGAGCUACCGCUACUGCUCAGGGCGCGGCCGCCGGCGGUGCUGGGAAUGCUGCUGCUUCCGCUGCUGCGACGACCGCGUCGGGAGGUGGAGGCGGCACCAUGGGUCAGAAGGGCCCGUUCCAGAGCUGGCGCUGCGAGUACGAGGUCGGCAACAUUAGCUGGGCGCCGCAGAGCGCGCUGACGGGCCAGGGCGGCGAGUGGUUGGGCGUCUGCGGCGGCAAAGGCAUUUGGGGCGUGAAGCUGUAG